AAUUGAACUUGUGACUGCUGUCGUGGCUGUCGUCUUAUACCAUGGGGACUAGAAGUUAUGUGUUAUUUUAUGUGUUAGUUUAUGUAUUAAAUAGUGUUGUAAAUAAUAUUUAUGGAGCCCUUGUGCAUAGAAAAUUUGAAUACAAAUAUUCAUUUAAACCCCCGUACUUGGCUCAAAAAGACGGCAGUGUUCCGUUUUGGGAAUACGGCGGUAGUAAGUAAUAGCAACGUGUUUGGUACACAUGCCAUUGCUAGUGCAGAAAAUGUGAGAAUAGCACCUUCUUUAAGAAGUCAGAAAGGUGCUAUUUGGACAAAAAGUCCUACUAACUUCGACUGGUGGGAAGUAGAUAUGGUUUUCAGAAUUACUGGUAGAGGAAGAAUAGGAGCAGAUGGAUUAGCAUUUUGGUAUACGCAAAACAAAGGGUCCUAUGAGGGUGAUGUGUUUGGCUCCUCAGACAAAUGGGUCGGUCUGGGCAUUUUCUUUGACUCAUUUGAUAAUGAUAAUAAACAUAAUAAUCCUUACAUUUAUGCCAUGGUUAAUGAUGGAACUAAACAAUUUGACCAUCAAAAUGAUGGACUAACACAAUCAGCAGCUGGAUGUUUGAGGGAUUUCAGAAAUAAGCCUUUUCCUACUAGAGCUCGUAUCGAGUAUUAUCAAAAUACAUUAACGUUAUUAUUCCAUAAUGGCAUGACUAGCAAUGAUCAAGAUUAUGAAAUGUGUCUUCGUGUUGACAAUAUUGUACUUCCAAAGAAUGGUUACUUCGGCAUAUCAGCGGCUACUGGUGGACUUGCAGAUGAUCAUGAUGUCUUACACUUCCUUACUAACAGUCUUUGGCCCGUUGAUCAAGCACCUGUACAAUCGGCUAGUGAAGAACAACAAAGAUUAGCUCAGGAGUAUCAGGAAUAUCAAAACAAAUUAGAGCAACAGAAACAGGAUUAUCGUAAAGAACACCCAGAACAUCAGGGAAAGCAACCAGAAGAAUUGGAAGAUUGGUUUGAAUCAGAUAGUCAGCGAGAACUACGACAAAUUUUCCAGGGACAGUCGCAGAUUUAUGAUGUACUUCGAGAAUUGAAUCGCAAACUCGAUGAAAUGGUCGGUAGACAAGAACGAACCCUCAGUCUUAUCUCCAUGCAACAACAAGCUGCUGCAGUUGGCGGUCAAGCCCAACAAGCAGGCGGUCAACCAUCACAAGCUAUACCAACUGGUUAUAUUGAUACAAUACGAAGAGACGAGGUCACUACAUUGUUUAACAAUCAGAAUCAACUGGCAAAUUUAAUCAAAGACGUCAAGCAAUUAAUAGCCACAGUAUCAUCUCAGGCAGACAAAAUAAUAAUAAAUCAAUCGAAACAGCCUACAGCUCAAAUUCAGCCAAUGGGUUACGAUAUGCAAUCCCUAGUUGCUGAAAUGCGCGACGGUUUGAAUCACGUUAAACAAAACGUUGCACAAUUUGCAGCUCAGAGGCCUGGAGGAACGUGUCCGAGUUGCGUAUCUGUUACAACAUUACUUAUUAUUGCCGUUAUUCAAUUGGCGAUAUAUUUAGGCUAUUCAAUAUACAGGGACAACAAAGACAGUCAUUACAAGAAAUUCUAUUAAAAGAAAUUUAGGAAUCUAAUGAUUGUUUUUUAUUCGAAAUUAGUUACGAACUGACUGAAUUGUCUCAAUCUUCCUUCCAGUCUUUGUUUUUUUGUUUGUUAAUACAAAUGGGUGUGCGUUGAUUUUGCAAGCAAUUUAAAAUCAAUUUAAGUAUUAGCGUAAUUAUGGGGUAAAAAAUGACAAAUUUCCUAGUACGUAUUUUUUUAUAUGUUACAUAUAUUUCAACAUUCUAUAUACUUGAAUAAGCAUUGGUUGUGAAUAUUUUAUUUAUAAAAAGAAAAACAAAAAAUCUUUACAAUUAAAGUUUUUAAUUAAU